AUGGAGGUGUUUUUUUUUGCUGCGCGAGGCCAGGAGUACGUGCCCCACGCUGACUCCGCCCGGCCCUGCGUGCGCGCCCCGGCCCCGCCCGGACCCUGCCUCGUCCCCGGCGACCAGAGCCCCUCCUCCGGGUCCCCCGGCGUUCUAUCCGGGCCCGCGUUCCACUCGGGCGGCCCGCCGGCGGCAGCAACGGCGACCUCGCGCCCCGCCGAGACCCGGGCCCGCGCGCGCCCGCCCGCCAUCGGAGACACACAGCGCGCGCGCUCCCCGGGGGCUGCCCUCCCCCCGCGCGCGUCGGCCCCGGGCUCGCGCCGCCGCCGCCGCCGCCGCGCGCGCGCAGCUCAAGUAAAGGAGGAAAAAAAAGGGGGAAAAAAUAGAAAGCAGCGGCGGCUGCAGCAGCGAUCCGCCGCCGGACUGGGCCAGGCCGGGCGGCGGACGCGCGAGCCGGCGAUCCAGGGGAGAGGCGGCAGCCAUCCAGGGCGGGCCGGGUUAAAAAAAAAGUCGCGGCGGCGGCGGCCGCUGCUCAGGGAAGGAGGCCCGAGGGCCGCGUGCAGCGGGCGGGGGGCGGCUGCGCCGCGUCCCGGAGCCGAGAUCCGCCGGGAGCCGGCGGGCGGGCAGGCGGAGGCGGCGGCGGCGGCUGCAGGAGCAGCAGCGGCGGCGGCGGCGGCGGCGGCGGCAUCUCCUCCUCACAUGACCCCACUGUUUGUCCCCGUGAUCAGCGCGAGCGGCUCCCGUGUCUCCUCCGUCCCCUCCUGCCGCGCGGCGUGAGCGCCGGGCUCGGGGGCCCCCCCCGGCCGCCCGCCCC